GGAGGCUGGCUUCGGCUGGACAAGGCUGAGGUGACUGCAGCUCCUUCUGGAGAGCUUCGGUUUCUCGUAUUUGUCUUCUCUACCUUCGCUCGUCCAGCUGUCUUUCGAUUUGCUAGAGUAAGAUUGAAAAAGUACCACCUAACCAAGUGUCUGCAGAAUAAACCCAGGAUAGCAGGAUUAGCAAGAAACAUCCCAAGUCGGAGCUUCUCGUGUAAGGAUCUUCUGCCUAUUAAGCCAGAAAGUGAAAAGCCCAUUUCUGAAAACAUGGAUGCAUUUGAAAAAGUGAGAACAAGACUGGAAACACAGCCACAGGAAGAGUACGAAGUCGUCAAUGCAGAGAUUAAACAUGGCGGCUUUGUUUAUUAUCAAGAAGGUUGCUGCUUGGUUCGUUCCAAAGACGAAGAAGCUGACAGUGAUAAUUAUGAAGUUUUAUUCAACCUGGAAGAACUUAAAUUGGAUCAGCCUUUCAUUGAUUGCAUCAGAGUUGCUCCUGAUGAGAAAUACGUGGCUGCCAAGAUAAGGACGGAGGAUUCUGAAACCUCCACCUUAGUAGUUGUGAAGCUCAGUGACCAGCCUGUAAUGGAAGCGUCGUUCCCAAACGUGUCCAGUUUCGAAUGGGUGAAGGAUGAAGAAGAUGAAGAUGUCUUAUUCUACACCUUCCAAAGGAACCUUCGCUGCCACGAUGUGUAUCGAGCCACAUUUGGUGACAACAAGCGCAAUGAACGGUUCUACACAGAGAAAGACCCAAGCUAUUUUGUCUUCCUCUACCUUACAAAAGACAGUCGUUUCCUCACACUGAAUAUUAUGAACAAGACGACUUCCGAGGUGUGGUUGAUAGAUGGCCUGAGCCCGUGGGACCCACCAGUCCUUAUUCAGAAGAGGAUACACGGAAUGCUUUACUAUGUUGAGCAUCGAGAUGAUGAGUUAUACAUCCUGACGAAUGUUGGAGAACCUACAGAAUUCAAGCUGAUGCGGACGGCAGCUGAUGCCCCUGCUAUUAUGAAUUGGGAUUUAUUUUUCACAAUGAAGAGAAAUACCAAGGUUGUAGACUUGGACAUGUUUAAGGACCACUGUGUUCUGUUCCUGAAACACAGCAAUCUCCUCUAUGUUAAUGUGAUUGGUCUGGCCGACGACUCAGUGCGCUCCCUAAAGCUCCCGCCUUGGGCCUGUGGAUUCAUAAUGGAUACAAAUUCUGACCCAAAGAACUGCCCCUUUCAGCUUUGCUCUCCAAUAAGACCCCCAAAAUAUUACACAUACAAAUUUGCAGAAGGCAAACUGUUUGAGGAAACUGGUCACGAAGAUCCGAUUACAAAGACCAGCCGUGUUUUACGCAUAGAAGCCAAAAGCAAGGAUGGAAAGUUAGUGCCCAUGACAGUUUUUCACAAAACCGAUUCUGAGGACCUGCAGAGGAAGCCUCUCUUGGUGCACGUCUAUGGAGCGUACGGAAUGGACCUGAAAAUGAAUUUCAGGCCUGAAAAGCGGGUCUUGGUGGAUGAUGGAUGGAUCUUAGCUUAUUGCCAUGUUAGGGGUGGUGGCGAGCUAGGUCUCCAGUGGCAUGCCGAUGGCCGACUAACUAAAAAGCUCAAUGGCCUUGCUGACUUAGUGGCUUGCAUUAAGACGCUUCACAGCCAGGGCUUUUCUCAGCCGAGCCUAACAACGCUGAGCGCUUUCAGUGCUGGAGGUGUGCUCGUGGGAGCACUGUGUAAUUCUAAGCCAGAGCUCCUGAGAGCCGUGACCCUGGAGGCACCUUUCUUGGAUGUCCUCAAUACCAUGUUGGAUACCACCCUUCCUCUGACACUGGAAGAGUUGGAAGAGUGGGGGAACCCGUCAUCUGAUGAGAAACACAAGAACUACAUAAAGCGCUACUGUCCCUGCCAGAACAUUAAGCCUCAGCAUUAUCCUUCAGUUCACAUCACAGCCUAUGAAAACGAUGAGCGAGUGCCGCUGAAAGGAAUCGUGAACUACACAGAGAAGCUUAAGGAGGCCGUGGCUGAGCACACCAAGGGAGCGGGUGAAGGCUAUCAGCCCCCCAACAUUAUCCUAGAUAUUCAGCCUGGGGGGAACCACGUGAUUGAGGAUUCUCACAAAAAGAUCACAACCCAGAUGAAAUUCCUAUAUGAGGAACUUGGACUUGACAGCACUGAUGCUUUCGAGGCGCUGAAGAAAUACCUAAAGUUCUGAAAUGCUGCAUUCAGCUGGGAACUGGAAACACAUGGAAAUAAUAAUUAGUUUUGUUUCCAGUUAGUUUAGCAAAAGUGAAGUUUUUUUUAAGUUAUUAUAUAAUUUUUUAAAAGUUGUCUCUUUGUGUAAUUUUGCUUAAUACUUGCUCAUACUGUUCCCACCAGCACACACCCCCUGGCCUAGGAAAGUCGUUUUCCAUCAUGCUCCUCAGUAGGAUGUAGAGAAGGGAGCCAGAAGGACUGGGGCAGGAGAACAGGAGAACGCCUGGCCUCCCAAUCAGUCUUUUAACAGAAUUUUACAAUUCAAAAUCCUUCCCCUUUGCUAGUGAAUAUUUGUAGGCGCUGUGGCUGUGAGUCACCUUGCAAUUUCCACAACUCCACUUUAAAGAAAAGGAUAGCAUUCUUCAUAUUUAAAUGCUUUAGUAUUUUGGCAUAAUCUUUUAAACACUUUAAAAACAGUGCAUUCGUGCUACAGAAAUAUCUAAGAAUUGAUGCCAUUCAUGAGUCUGCUCAGCCCUGUGCGUACGUGAUGUUCUGGGUGGCCAUCUCUUAGGGAGCUUCCUUCCUAACACGAGCUAUAGAGGAUGUCCAGUGCACUGGAGUAGCACGCCCGACUGGAAACAAAGCAUCUGUCUCUGAAAGCGGCCUGCUGAUGGAGGGGAGCCUUCGUGCUGUGCUCCAAGACCAGGCCCUCUCCCUUCUCCAGAGAAAUGGCACGGGUGUCAACAGCACUGCCUUUGGAGGCUGAGUUGGUACUUAACCUUAUUCUCAGCUCUGGAGGAAGAUCUGAAAUGAUCCCCUGUAGAUUUAGCACAGUUGAUGAUUCUCCAAAAUUCAGAACCACGAGGAAGACGUUAUCUAUGCCGUCCAGCUCUCUUGUGUACACCACAGAGUGACUGUCGUCUCUCAAGAGGCAAAACCAGCCCCGGCUGAGGACCAGCUCUGUGGCAUGGAGUAGACUCAGAUCCUGAUACAGCCUCAGUGCUGAGCUCGGCUGGGUCUUUUGGACCUGUUUUUAAAAAGAAUAUUGACAUAAAUGUUUGAUUUUAAGAAUUAUCCACACCCCCCCCAAAAAAAUCCCUUGCUUCUGUUUGCCCUUUACACUGUCCAAGUAAGUAAAUAACUGCCCAAUUAUAAAGCAUUUAUAAAUAGUUGGUCCUAAAGUCAAUUACAAAUUCCAAUUUUCUUCGUGUCUGCGAAUCACUUCAGUAUGCACUGUGCACCCACAUCUUAGAGCUGCAGAAGCCCAGCCUGACUCCGCUCGGGUCAUUUAACUUGGAAGAAAUGAAGUCACUGCUGUGCUCUAACUUCCAGAUGCCUGGAAGCAAAAAGCCACCAUCAUAGGGGACUUGGGCUUGGUCCUCAUCUGUAGGUUGACCUGAAGGGCACUAUUGUGCAGAUGCGGAUUCUCAGAUCGCUGAGGAUAGAAAGAACACUGCACGCUGCAGAGUCUGAGGUGCAAGUUAGCAAGGCUACAUUUGCUUGCUUUCUGCUGGCCGUAAAAGAUAGCUUUUGUCCACUAAAGAUGUGGGUGUAUUUUACAGCUACACAAGCGUAUCUGAUGUGAUGCUGCCUGCCUUUCCUCAUAAGCAUCUCUGAUACCUCAUUCCCCCAGGUGUCAUUGUCUGGCACACAACUCUAAACGGGCCCACCUUCCUUCUGUUCCCUGCCAAGUGAGCACUCGCCCGCCCAUCUAGUAUGCUCAUCUCAGACAUUCUCAUUCCCCUCCCUUUUACAGUAUUUAUCUAAGAUAGAUUAUCAGACAGAUAAUUCCCGUGUCAAAAGGGUAUGCACAUUCAAUACAUAAUGCUAAAUUAUUCGUAGCUGUUGCCAAAUCAACAGUAAUGUUCGCUCAUGACACCCUUGCCAGCCGUGUCUCGGGCGGGGCAGUUGUUGCCAUUGUUACUGUAGUUCUUUUCCGGUAGAUGCUUAAUAAUGUGUAUUGAAUGAC